AUGAUAACUGAAAAGUUAAGCAAAUUAGAUCCUGAACAGAAAUAUUUUAAGUACGAUAAAAAUAUAUUAAAGGAAUAUGAAAAUAUUAAAAAUAUUUACAAAAAUAAAAAGUUAGGACGUAAAUUUAAUCAGUUCGAUUAUUGGUAUUCGUCCAAAAAGAAAGAAGCCAAGUAUAACUAUAGUAGACAUGUAAAUUUUACCAUCACGGAGAAUAAGUUUAAUUUUAGAAAUGUCUUUUCGUACUUUCACAUACUAGAAGUUGUGCAUGAAAAAUUUAAGAACAACGCUUUUUAUAUUAACGGGCUGCAGUCAUUUAUUAAUAAGUACUACGACCCGGUUACUCAGAAACGGAUUAAGUACUACGACAAAAUUAGGGAACAACUUGAGCUAAGAAAGAAAAAUGGGGGGGAUAAAACUGAAGAGGCGUAUCAGAAGGAGGGGGCUUCUGUGGAUGGUGGCAUUACAGGGGAAGGAAAACAGAAUUAUGUAGUUCCCUCGAGUGGCUCAUCAAAAGAGGGGGGAAAAAAUAGUAAGUCUUCUAAAAAAGAAGCACUAAGAAGUGAAGAAAAAAUGGAGUGCACCAAGAAGCAAGCGGAAAAAGACACAUUCACAUCGAAAAAGGAAUUCUUCGAGAUGAUCAAAAAGAACCUAAGUGAAUUUGAAUAUUCAAAUGAAAAAAAUGGCCCAAUCGCCUAUGACAUAAAGAACCCCUUCAUGAAGUCAAAGAUGUCCUCAAAGAGGAGGAGGUUUAAAGAGAGGAGGCUCUUCGAUAUUAUCAACUUUAAGUGCAAGAAUAAACGGGAACGGCUAAUGCAAACCGCGGUGCGGAAAUUGGCUAAGAGGAAAAUGAAGGACGAAAAGUACAUUUUGGACCCAAUGGAGCCAGCUUAA